AUGUCCUGCUACAGCCCGUGCCGGCCCUGCCAGCCCUGUGGCCCCACCCCGCUGGCCAACAGCUGCAAUGAGCCCUGUGUCAGGCAGUGCCAGGACUCCACCGUGGCCAUCCAGCCCUCGGCCGUGGUGGUGACCCUGCCCGGGCCCAUCCUCAGCUCCUUCCCACAGAACACCGUGGUGGGAUCCUCCACCUCUGCUGCUGUUGGCAGCAUCCUCAGCUCUCAGGGAGUGCCCAUCAGCUCUGGGGGCUUUGGCCUCUCUGGCCUGGGCAGUGGCCUCUGUGGCAUCAGGGGUCUCCCCUGCUGA